GACAAUUGCUUAAAACACUAAGCCUAUCAUACUCACUGACAAUUAUUAGACGAUGCGAUUUAAAUCAUCCUAUACCGCUCUUGCUAAAAAUAUGAGAAUCAUCAUAAUUACUAUAUAUCUAAUUAAUCCACUCAUAAACCCAAAUAACAUAAAUAAUAAACUAGCUUACCAUGACCGAAUCGAUCCGAUAUUUGUAAGAACGACGAUGAACAUCCGUUCAAGUGCUUUGUCGAGCCCCAAGAGAGUGCUUACAGGCCUCGCUUCUCUCGAACAUCAGGGAUUUCUCAUCCAAAGUAAGUCCGACUCAAAGCUUGCAAGAAUGUCGAUAGUCUCCGAAUAAAGUCUUCGAUCGAACACUUGGCGAGUGACGCAUCAGAACGUCACCUUCUUCUAAUCCCAGACACUCUGAUAUUUUUCAUUAGUAAAAUCCGACACGAACUCCGCAAGAACCACGAUGAUUUCUAGUACAGGCUUUUUGUCGAGUACUUGAUAAAUUUCACGCUGCUAGCUUCGUUUUCACCGGAUUUCUUGAUGACGCACAGAACGACGACGAAAUCGAUGACGCACAUGCGUGAUGAGGCAGGGUCUGGAGACAUGUGCGCAAGGGAAGGUGAGCUCUGGUGCCGAGAAUCGACGGCGUGGUUCAAGACGGCUGGGCACGCAGGCGAGCUACGGACAGUCCCAUCGCACAUCACGACGUUGAGGGUCUGGUGACGCAGCUGCUGUUGGAGGAAGCGUGGCUGCAGAGCUCAGUACAGGAGCUGGCGCGGUUCUGUACGGAUGCGAGUAGGGAGCAUCACACGCAGAUGGGUCGCGCAGCAUGGAUGAGCAGAGACGACGCUGCACGGAUGAGGGAGGUCAGAGGCGAGGCAAGGUCCGAGCACAAGGGCGAGCUCGGGGCGGCCGACGAAGUGAGCUCUAGGAGGAAAUCGAGGGAAGGACGCUCUGCUCCCCCUCGCUCGUCUCCACAUGGCCGGACGGCUGCCGUGCUGACCACCACGACCAGGCCCGCGCCGGCCGUCGCGGAACCACGGGAGCAGCGCGCCGUCCGCCAGCGCCAGACAGGGGAUUAUGACACGGUGGAGGGCCGAGACGGCGAGGAGGUCGGGAGGAGCAGGGCGUCACCAUGACCUGCCGCCGAGCUCGAGGAGGAACUCGACUUGCGCACGACGUUCGGUGUCCUAGCCGGACCGGGGUGACUCACCUGCGCAGGGGCGAGCGCACGGCGGUUGAGGAAAAUGGAGAGGAGCAGGGAGCCGAGAGGGUGAGGGCGCGACCACGGCAAGGUGGAGGACGAGCGAGAUGGAGGGAGCGUCGCGAGGGAGAGAUGCCGCGGGGGAGGAGCUCGGCAAGGCGCGGCGGCCAUGGGAAAGACCUCGGCGGGCGCGCGUGGGAGAUGGAUCUUGCAGGGGAGGGCGCCAUGGGAGGGACCAAGCUGGAGCCGGCGCUGGGGCUGGGUGCGAGACCUGUAGAGGAGGCGAGGAAGAGCCGUGCGGGGAAGAAGAUGAGGGACAGAGAGAAAAA